CAAAAACCGCGAAUUAAAUCUGUUUACUGAUAGCUUCAACGGCCAAUUUUCUAAAAAUUUGAAAGUUAUCAAUGAUUUUACGAAACAAAAUUUAGUCAUGACUCUUACCAUUGAUCAAGAAUCGCUGACCAAUUUAGGCCAUGAGAUUCAAGAAAUUCGUGUUCGCACAUUGCACGACAUUGAAAAUAAAAUUAAACGAGGAUUGCGAGAGAACUAUGAAAUCAAUUUUAAACCAACUUCCCUGACCAAACAUCUCAUCCGAUGGUUUGCAAAUGUUCCUCUUUGCGAAGAAGCAACGGUUCUUGAGCUGCUCUCUCUACUACUAAUGAGUCAAUAUAGGCGGGAUAUCGUUAAUCAUUUUAGCAGCGGUCGGCUCGUUAAAGAAUUUGGCAAAAUCAAAUAUCUUAUUGGUUCUAACCCAGAAUUAGCUAAUAUGGUGGAUAGCGUGGUUAAACUGGUGAACAAUUCAAAUUCAACAUAUCAUCAAACUAACAGCAAUGUUGAGAGUCUUGCCGAAAGUAUGUCUAGCAUCAAGAUCGAUUGCAUCGAUUUAACUGGUAGCCCUAGACAAAGUGAGAGCCCCAAUCCUGAAAUGCUUGCCGCACAAAAUCCAAGCUACUUUACUAAAUACUGGGAAACACCGCUACCUUCAGAUGCAAAAAUUUUCAAAAAUCUGAACGAAUCAUUGCAACCGGGACGAGAUGGAAAGGAUAUACGACAUGCCUUAGAUUAUCUCAUACCUUCGAUCAAUGAGUAUCCACCUGAAUUCUUCCUUCAGCCGCCGUAUAUCUUUCAUAAUCUUGUAAAACUAAUAGAAGCCAGAAAUAUCAGUAUCCGAGCAGGUGUUGAAAUAUUUCACCGUUUAACAGUUUCUUUACAAAAAAGACUUAAAUCAUUGCGACUAACAAGCAUGUACACCUAUCGAGAUCCCAAACAGCAAAAUCCGGAAGAAGGGCGCGCUGUGCAAAUUUCUGUUCCAGCAGUUAUUUACGAGCUUUACCGCUUGGGCAUUGGCUGCUUGAAAGAUGUUUCCGAUGACGUCGACCUUCAGGAUUCGAAUAAAAUCUUCAAUCUUUUCCACGAGCUUUUAGAAUUUGGCAGUACCAUCGCACUAGAAAAAAACCAGUUCAACGAAAUCAGACAUGAACUCGGCUACCUUACUAAACAUUUUCGUCAUAGCUGGGAAUCAAAUCCCAAGUGUUUCGCAGCGAGAACGAAAUAUCUUGUCACAAUUGACAUUUUUUCUAGGUUCCUGCACGUUUUUAGCUUGAACUCGCGCGAUGAAUUGGAUGUACCUGCCACUAACGAUGAUACAUGCUUUCCUAAUAAGCUGUCCUAUAACCCGGCAGCUUUCGAGACUAUUAACUCGACGAAUCAUCGUCUAGUGCUGGAAGCAGGGGACCAAAACUGGCUUCACGAGCUACAAAUAGCGGCACUCGAUUACCCAAUGAAACAUAUUUACCCAUCGGUGUAUGAACCGUUGCUGGAGCAAGUACUAAAGUUCGAAAAUCACAAGCUGCAAAUUCUACUAGGUGCUGAUGAAAUGUUUGCUCCUGCAGUAUCUGUUCUGCGACAGCCCACGGUGUUGUCCGAUGAAGAAUUGAUUUUCAUAGGAUUGGAAGCCAUUGACACGUUGCAUUUGCAUCGAUCAACAGAACUGGUAAAGUUGAUGGUUCGCGCUGUUGGAAAUUGCCAGCAUUACUUCGAUGGAAACUCGAAACUGAGAGAAACAGCUGAGAAGCUGAUUUUGCGGCUUCUUGCCCAUUCGGAUGAACUGAUUAAAAGUACUGCGUACGACGCCUGUUGUGGUGUGAUUAAGGAUUACAUUAGCUCACUGGAUGAGGGUGCAAUUCUGACGCACCGGAAAGGUUCCUUCAAAAUGGAAAACAAAUUGCAGUCGCUAGGUAUUCCACUCACGGUUGAAAUCUUGGUCGAAGUUGUCUGUUUCGGGUUUUGCCAUGCCAAUAGAAAAAUCCAGCAACAAUCUGAAACUAUUCUGCUAUUCGUACUAAACUCUCGAACAUUUUUGUUGAACCGCUGGUCCGAUUUACUGAAUAUCAUCCUGCCCGUUAUGCCACUACUUCAAGCGUUGGCAAUUGUCAAGAAACAUACGACACUGUCCCGUGCCAUUAUUGCGCUGUUUCACCCGGACUCUGGUUUACCUGCGUUGGAUUUGCUUCGCGGCAAUCUUCGCUUCUUGUUUCAAGACGAUGCCGAUAUUCGCGAGGAAGCGUUAACCCGUGUGCUUUUUCUGCUGAGCACAAGUCAUCAGAACUAUUCACCGAAUAUCGAGCAUAUCCGUGAUACGAUCUCCAACAGCAUUUGUUUGGUAAAAAGUAAAUACGACAUUGCAAAACAUCUGUCUGCCGAUGUGUACGAGCUUAAUGCUGUAAAACCUCUAUUGGACACUCUUGAACAAGACAACUGCGAUCCCGCCAUAAGGCGCAGCGCUUUAGUACAACUGAAUCUGAUGGCCGAAGAUCCAUGUUUGUGUAAUAUAAUUCAUCAAUCAAACGGAUGGGCGUUUGUAUUGCAAGUAUUGGACAAUGCUCUUCGUGAACAACACUGCCUUGAUUACCCGGAUAGCGCCGUGCCUGCCGUUGGAAUAUUAGCAAAACUUUGCUUCACAAUUCCGGAGUUUAACCGGUUCCUGGCGAAUAAUGUAAAUGCGUACAAUCUGGUAAUGCGGGCACUACUCACCUAUCACCACUUGCCCGUUUUUAAACCGGAUUGUUGUUCGCUUCUUUUCCUGUUGCUUUUUGACGCGUAUAGUUCCGGGUGUGGUAAGACCAUAUCUUUACCGAAAAUUUGCGAAAACUACAGUGUACCUUUCGUGUGCGAGUUUCACUGGCAGGAAAGUUCCUUCAAUGAACUGAGUCUUUUAGAGGAGAUUUUCUUUAGCCGUGAUUGUAUAACGGAAAAACAUUCUAGUCGUCUGAUUGGUCAAGACAACAGCGUUCUUCGGUUCAACGGUACAUGCGGAGCAGAGUGUGCAACCUUACGAAACUCCACAACUGCUCAUGCAAACAAUAGUUUGAAUCAAACAACACAGAGUUCGAUAUACAAAGACAAUUAUCGACAAGUAGCGUGGCAAUUUCUUCGAUUAGCUUUUGCAUGUCAAUGGUUCGACGCCUUCGAUAAUAUCCUGGUUAAUGCUAAAAAAUGCCGCCAGUCACUCAAAUCGAAAAACAAAGACGAUGAAACUGUGAUCAUAGACUACAGCAUUCUACCGCCACAUCUAAUGACAUCUAAACAAAACAAAGAUGGUGAAGUGAUAGAUCUUGAAGAUCAAAGUCUUAGGUUUGAUCGUUCAUUAUGUUUGACCAAAAAAGAUCUCAACAUGAUAAAGACGAGCCACGUUGAUGAAAUUUUUCGGAACAGUUUGAAAAACAUCGCCACGGCUACAUCCCACGCAGAAGUAUCUAUUGGUCUGUCAGGGUUAGAGAUUAAUUUGCUUCUUCCAAUGCAAGUACAAAUACUGCACAACUCCAUCGUUAAGCAUCUUAAAAGAUUUAUUAUAACUCCCCCCAAUACCGCGGCAGAUGAAAAACUGCUUGUAGAUGUUAUCGGUUUGUUAGGAGAUCUGAUCCAAAUUGGAUAUGAGAACGUGCUGGUUUGGAUUGUUACGUCACUCUUCGAACAGAGUAGUAUCUUUAUUCAGCUGCUGAAAUCCAAUACCUGUUCGGGUGAACUGUUCAUGAAAAAUGCAGAUUUCAUCAAAAUCACUCUACAAGUAGCACUCUCGUGUGGAAACCCAAACGUAACAUGUCUGCUGUUGAACGAAGAAAACUAUCAAAUAAAAAUAAAACGUGAACACAACUUUAACCUGCUUAACAAACUAUUCGAAAUAAUUAUAAACCGUCUGGAUAACGACCUGCAAAAAUGUGACUUGAUGAGAAUUCUUUCGCUGGUUGGUCUAGCCAGAGUUGUCGUUUACAGCGAACUAAUUGAGUUCGAUAGUAAAUUUUUGAGCCACGUCGUUAACAAACUAUGUUCCUACAUUAACCUUCUAGGCUCGAUAACCUACUCCGGAUCGACCAUCGCAAAAAACUGCUUGAUUAUAAUAUCACUUGUUUUGGAGCAAAUAAAGGAGGUACAUUUGAAAUCGAAGCAUUACAAGGUAUUGGCACUGCAAUGCAGCCACACAAGUGUGUUGAUUCGAGCAUGUGCUUGGAACGUACUAACUAAAAUGGCUCAAAGUUUAUCAGGAGCACAUGCGAUCAUUAAAGAGUGUGCAUAUCUACCAGGUGGCAUUCAUGCAAGUUGUGUUACAACGUUACUCGACUCGGAGGAAGCUAGUCUCGUUAAAGAAUCUGCCGCAGGACUGCUGAUCAAUCUGUUAUCACAUCGGUCGGAGAACGAUGGUCUCCUACACACAUUCAUGCUUCCAUGCGAUCGAAACAGCAACACCAAACUGGAUGCAGAUCCAUUACAGACAGUUUUAACAAUCCUUAAAAAACAUCGUUUCUUUGAGCAAGCUUUAGAGUCGCUGCAAAAUUUUACCACACAGGAUGACAUGAAACUUGAAGAACAGCAAGGCGUUCAAAUGCUUACAUGUGAUGUUGUUAAAAGUUAUAGCAUGAUAUUCAGUAGUUUGCUAGAUCUUAAGCCAGAUCUGCUGGAAUUUUUCGUUGAAAAGUGCUGCUUACAAAGGCUUAUGAACUGCAUCUCUAUGGUUCCGUUGCAUCCUACAUGUUCAGCUUCUGUGAUGGUAUCGGAAAUUUGCAACCUUCUCGUUCGAUGCUGCAAAAUCAACAAAGAUGAAAUAUGCGAGCUGAUUUCUCCAUACCAAGCUGUUAUCGGAGGAAUCAUCUACCUCUUGAAUGUCGAUUUAUACACUACUUGUGAUGACUCCAUAUUUCGGCAGGUAACGGGUAGCAUCAUGCAUCUAUUGAAUAUUCUCGCGAUGCAUAAGCUGGGUAAUAGUCUUGUUAGCGUGGCCUUAUAUUCAUUAGGAGUUGCACGACUGGUGCAAUUUAUAAUUCGAGGAAUUUCUCGUAGUACCGCGAAAAAUUAUCAAAGCCUUUGCCUUCAAUUCCUGACCGUGUUAUUAGUAACGUCAAACGUCACAUCUGCCGACUCCACCGACUUCACAUCAUUUUUUGACUUAAUUGAAACACAGAAUUUGGAUGUCGAAUGUUCCCUGGAGCGAAGUAAUAAGCAAUCAAUUUCCAGAGGAAAUAUUAAAAUGCAGACUCAGUUGUCUAGCGGAUUCUCUUCGGACGAAGAUUGUGAGAAUUGUGAUCCAAAUAAAAGGCCGCAAGAAAUAGUCAAAACUUCUAGCAAAACGCAUGAGCCGGAACCAUUGACGACCGGAUCGGAACGGAUUAUGACGUGUCUUAUCAAACAGUUUGAACUUGUUUGUGCCCGCGAUAAACCCGAAAAUGGAGCACUGUUGUUUUCUCUGCAAAAGCGCUCUCUAUUUUCUGCCAUUCAAGUUCUACUGCAUCACUCUGAGAAGGCCAAACAAGUGUCUCGUAAAAGUAAGUUCCUAGAAAUGUUAUUAGAUCGCUUGGAUGCAAUCUAUAGUGGAAUCGGCAUAAGCUAUCAAGACUUCAUUAAACGAAAUGGAGACAGCAAGAAAACUCCCAUCAUCGAGGAACUUUCAGCAAUAGCCAGCAUAGUAUCCGCAUGGUUUAGAAAUGACAUCCUCGUACACCAGGCCAACAUUAAUCGCAUAUGCAAACUAUUUCUGCAGCUGUGGCCUUGGCUUUGCAAUAACCGAGAUCUGGAAAAGGAGUUCCUACAAGCUCUGGUUUGCUUAACGGAAAAGUCCAUUUUCGUAUGCAAGAUUUUAUCCUCAAAAUAUCCGGGCCAUCCACACUCCAUUUUGAAACUCACGAUAGCGACAGUCACUGCUGAAACGGGCAAGGUUAAAGGACCUAAAAGCGAACUCGUUGUAAUGGAACUAUGUUUACGAGUCCUGACCAACUGUUGCUCGUGCCAGGAAGGUCGUUCCGUACUGUCUAAGUUUAACGUGAUGGACAACAUAAGCAAGCUACAUCCGGCGGUAACGAAGUUGCAAACUCCAUGGGCGAAAGUCACCAGGCUUUGGCUGGAGUUUUGGGAAAUAUACACUCGACAUAGUGACAUCGCUGAAGUAAAACACCUAACCGUUCUGGGAGCAUUAAUUAGAAGCUCUAAUGUAAAACUUCGUCGGCUUUCGCUGGAAAUAUUGCGGAACCUGUCAUUCGUAGCUAGUAAUCGGCCAGCAUUGUUGGCUUCAACUGACUACAUGCAUACUCUGAAAGCAGUUUUGGAUGGAACCAAUGCCGAGGAGCAACUACUGAUGGCAUGUUCCGUGUGGAAGCUGAUUGCCAACAAUCAGAAAGGUAAAGGUGCCAUUAAAAGUAGUCCUGUACCGAGGAGAUUGAAUGCGUUGCUUAAGCAGAGAUCUCUGCUGCCCAACUGUGGAAAUGAUGAUGAUUUGUACAACGUUUUGAAAAUCAUAAUUAAGAUAUUAGAAUCGUAACAUAAGACUCAUACUGAAUUCGUUCGAUCUUUAUUAAUGGUUUCUUAGAAAAAUAAUACAAUUGAACAGUUUAUAUGGAAAUUGCGAAA